AACACCCGCUAAAUUGUUGGAUAUUUCCAAACUAUUUGCCUUUUCAAAUUCACUGUAUAUAUCUUUCUACUUCCCAACUCUCUCACUCACACAAACUCCAAUGGGUUUCCACAUCCCUUCUACUUCUCCGGCCAGAAAAUGGCUUGGUUUCGUCGCCGCCGUCUGGGUCCAAGCCAUCUCCGGUAACAAUUACACUUUCUCAAACUACUCCGACGCUCUUAAAUCCCUCAUGUCCCUCACACAGCUCCAGCUUAACAACCUCUCCGUCGCUAAAGACGUCGGCAAAGCCUUCGGCAUCUUCGCCGGCUUAGCUUCCGACCGAUUAGCUACUCCGGCCAUUCUCCUCAUUGGCUCAAUAGAAGGUUUCAUUGGCUAUGGCGUUCAGUGGCUCGUUGUUAGUGGUCGAAUUCAACCACUCCCGUACUGGGUCAUGUGUAUUUUCUUGUGUAUGGGUGGGAACAGUACGACUUGGAUGAAUACUGCCAUUUUAGUUACUUGUAUUCGUAAUUUUAGAAAAAAUAGAGGCCCUGUUUCGGGAAUUUUAAAAGGGUACGUCGGUUUAAGUACAGCUAUAUUUACUGACAUUUGCUCUGCUUUAUUUGCAAAUGACCCUUCAUCUUUCUUACUUUUGCUUGCUGUAGUCCCUUUUGUUGUUUGUUUCACGGCGGUUUUAUUUCUCCGUGAAAUUCCACCUUCUUCUACCGCUGCUGAAGAGCAAGAUGAAGUUAAAAACUUCAGCAUCAUAAAUGUUGUCGCAGUUUGUAUAGCUGUUUAUUUAUUAGCAUUUGACAUUUCAGGCCCUCAUGGCACUGUUUUUUCGCAAUUAUUUACUGUUAUAUUACUGAUUUUAUUGGCGUCGCCUCUGUUCAUUCCCCUGUAUCUAAUGAUGAAGAAUUUUAUUCGUUCCAAUUCGGGGAAUCUGGACUUUGAAGGUAACAAUAUUGCAACUGUGCCUCUUUUGGCUGAACAAAUUGUGGAGAAGAAGGAAAUGGUGAUGGUGCCAGUGAUUGGUGAAGAUCACACAAUAUUUGAGGCAAUGAGGACUGUGGAUUUUUGGAUAUUGUUUUUCUCGUUCCUUUGUGGAGUUGGAACAGGUUUGGCAGUGAUGAAUAACUUGGGGCAAAUGGGGUUGGCUAUGGGUUAUGUGGAUGUGUCCAUUUUCGUGUCAUUCACAAGCAUUUGGGGAUUUUUCGGGCGUAUUCUUUCCGGAUCUGUCUCUGAAUACUUCAUCAAGAAAGCUGCAAUACCAAGGCCUGUAUGGAAUGCAGCUUCACAAAUUCUAAUGGCUGUUGGAUAUAUCCUAAUGGCCAUGGCUAUCCCAGGAUCACUAUACAUAGGCUCUAUUGUUGUAGGAAUUUGCUAUGGAGUUCGUCUUGCUGUCACUGUUCCUACUGCCUCUGAACUGUUUGGUCUCAAGUACUAUGGUCUCAUCUACAAUGUUCUUAUCCUCAACCUUCCCGUCGGCUCAUUUCUCUUCUCUGGUUUGCUUGCUGGUUUACUUUAUGAUGCUCAGGCAACAAAGACAGCGGGUGGUGGCAACACAUGUAUAGGUGCUCAUUGUUACAGGCUUGUGUUCAUAGUUAUGGCUAUAGCAUGUAUCGUUGGAUUUGGAUUAGAUGUCUUGUUAUCGAUCAGAACCAGGAGCUUAUAUUCAAAGAUUUACGCGAGCAGGAAAUCAAAGAAGUCUGCUGUUUUAUCUUAAUUGGUCUGGAUUCUUUGCAGUGCGAAGUCAAGUGAGAGGAUGGAAGGGGGAAUUUAUCCUGCAGAUAUGAUAUUCUGUUGCUAGCUUGUGCAAACUGGCAAAGUUGCGGUGUUUGAUUAGCUUGAAUUUGUUGUCUGCCUGCAUAUUGCAUGAGUUAAUCUCGUUUUUUAUGUGAUCGUAGAUAUGUAAAAAUAUACUAAACAUUGUUUUGUUGCCCCGUUUAAAUGGAAGGCAUUACAAAUACCAUCUGGGAUGAUCAAAUGACUUGUUAUUUCCA